GAUGCAAAUGCGUUAUUCUUGAAAUGUUGCAAAGAACGAAAUGUGGACGUCAAAUGCGAAUCUCGUUGCAAUUUUGAUAUUCUCAGCAGAAGAGUGUUGAUGGCGAUGUUUAUUGGAAGUGAUCCAUGCCCACAAAAUCAUGGAAGAGAUUUAAUGUUGUGUGCAGCGCAAAAGUUAGAUCAUACAGCAUGCUGUAAAUUGAAAGGAGUUUCACGAACCGCCGCUGGUGAAAAAUGUCUUGGAUUCUGUCGAAUGACGGUUGAUAAUCGAUUUCAGAUUGAUUUGAGUAUGUUACCAUGUUGGGCCGUUCUCAACGAUAUUAAAGACUGCUUUAAAGAGGAAAUAAUAUUAAAAGUUUCAUGA